CUCGAAAGACCCUGCCCAGACCCCUCGUUGCUUUGACGCUCAUUAGGCACCUCAGCGAACGCAGAUCUCGCGAACCGCGCUGAUGAGAUCGUUGAGAUGCCAAGGAGAGGUGUCUGUGUGCCGAGGGGAGGUGUCUGUGUCUGGCUGUUGCUCGCCGUGUUCGCCAGCUGCGGAGAAGCGGUCGUCAUCGAGCUACCAGAUGGUGGGCACACAGUUCACAAAAGCAGUGCCACACACACUUCUGAGUGACACUUUGUGAACGUGCGUGACACGCGCAAUAUCAGGUACAGAGAUCCGGGGCAUCGACCAGGCAGAUACCGACACGGAGGCCUUCCUGGGCAUCCAGUUCGCAGACGCGCCAAGAUUUGAGAAGCCGACGCUCAUCCCUCUGGGAGGCGGCCACAUCGAUGCCACGCACAAGGGGCCCGCCUGUCCGUCCGCGUGCAAGCAGGUCGUUGGCUCGCCGCAAUUCUGCUUGUCGGAGAGUGGCUUGCUGGCGGAGCAGUGUCUGCACCUCCACGUGUGGGUGCCCAAAGGCGUGCGAGAGCGAGGCGACAAGAGGAAUGUGCUGGCGCUAAUCCACGGUGGGGCUUGGGACGGCGGCACUUCAGGGGCGGCAUUCACUGACGGGGCGGCACUUGCGCAAGGGACAGGUGAGAGCGCGAGAGAGGGGGAGAGAGAGAUUUUCACUUGCUCAGCUCAUGUCGCCUUGUUUGUGUCUGUGCUGGUAUGGUCAGGUCUUGUGGUCGUGGGCUUAAAUUAUCGGUUGGGUAUCUUCGGCGGCAUUGUCACCGAUUAUCUUCCAAAGAAUCUGGGCUUCCUGGACCAGCGUGUCGCCCUGGAAUGGAUACAGAAAUACAUACACGUGACCGCCCAACGCACACACGCACAUCACGCCACGCCACACCACACCAGACAGAGCAGACGAGACCGGCCUACACAAUGUGUGUCUGUGUGCGCUGUGUGCAGCACUUCGGCGGUUCGCGUGACGUCACACUAGUGGGCUUCAGUGCGGGUGCUGCAAGUGCCGCCUGCCAUCUCGCGUCAGGGAGCGCAGGACGGCUGUUCAAGAAGGUGAUUGCAGUAUCGCAGGACUGCUGCCAAAGCGGGAGAUCCCUCGAGGUGAGCUCACAAAGAGAAUCGACCACAGACCAGGCUGACGCAAUUGCCUCUCCUCUCCUUCUUGUGUUGUCAGCUCGCCAAGUCGCAGAGCAACUUUGCCUUGACCGCCCUGACGCCCUCGUGCGGCCCCGUCCACAAGGCCGAGAGGGACCUGGACGCCUACAUCGAGUGCAUCAAGACCGCACCUUUGGAGGACAUUACGGCGGCGAAUCUGCUGGGCAAUAUGUACCUCGUUCUCGAGGACUUCUUUCUCCUGCUGGCGCCGUGGCGGCUGGUGGAAGACGGGGAGGUCCUCCCAAACAACUGCUAUGACCCCCUCGUCACGGUGAGAAUCGGCGGGCGUGCCCAUCCCUCCAUCCAUCGGUGCACGCGGCCGGUGAUUGGCGCUAUGUGUCCUGUGUGAGUGCAGGGCGAGUACAACACUGAUGUGCCGCUGAUGCUGUCGUCAACGCCAAAUGAAGGGACGGUGUUCAUUCGCGGGGCCAUCAACUUCGCUGUGCGCGACUUCGCCGACAUGCUCACCCAGGUCGUCUUCAAUCCGGUCACAUGGAUGGCAACCAUCAAGGGGCUCUUUGGCACCAAAGCGGUACGAGAGUAACAACCACACGCCCAAUUUUCUUCCAAAUUUGGAAUGCUAUCCCUCUCUCCUCCUUCUGUGUGAAUCCAGGACGAGUUCCUCGAGCUUUACCCUCUUGAUGGUGUUGGUGAGCCCGCCACGAUCGGCCUGACGCCCGACAAGCCCGACACGGUAUCCUCGUUCAGCAGCGCCUUCGGCCACUCGGAAUUCUUCUGCUCGACGCGGCAGCUGUGCGCCAAUGUGACGGGCACGUGUUACCUCGCCUCAUACGAAUCAGGGUGGGAGGGCAUGGUAGAAGCACACAGAGAGAGAUACGGAAAAGGCAAUGCAGUGUGUGUCUUUCUUUCUGUGUGUGUUUGUGUGCCCAGGUGGUCGUACACCGAGAGUGAAAAGUUCACCGACAAGAGUGAAUCCGGCUCGUAUUUCCACUCCCUCAACCGCUUCUGCGGUGCGGAUGAGAUCAGAUGCCACCUGGAGGACCAGCCAUGGCUGCUGCAAAGCGCACGCAGAAUGCCAGAGGGUCAGCAGCGCAACAUACAUACAGAACAAGCUGACGGGAGGGCACGUGAGUGGAUGGAUGAAUGGUGUCUCUCGUUCAGGUUUCGCUUUCACGUCUGCCGAGGAGGAGGCCGUCAAGACAGUCCACCGGUACUGGAGAAACUUUGCCAACACUGGCGUGCCGGAUGGUGAUGGUGAUUCUGCUGCUGGCUCCUCCCUGCCCCCCUGGCCCCCCUACACUCGCGAAGAGAGGCUGUAUAUGAAGCUGUCCAUCCUCAGCGACGACGCACCGCCUGGCCGUGCCCUCAGCGAGGCCGGCUACAUGAACGACGAGUGCGGCUUCUGGGACAGCAUCAUGCCAAAGUACGAUGUCUCAUGGAAAGGAUACGCCGACAGAACCAGGCAGGCGCGGUAUGGCGAGAGUGAGGGCGGCGAGUGCGGGUCGCUUCAGUGCCCCAGCGGCAGUGUGUGCGUCACGACGGCCAAUGCGGAUAUGCCAUCGCUGGGCGGAGGCAGCUGGGAAGAGUGGCUCGCAGAGGACCCGGUAG